CAAGAGGGCGGUGUAAGUGCAGAUUUUAGACCGGUUUCUCGCCGAUACCGAGAGGGAGGACGCUGGACUAGUGAACCCCCGUCAUAUCUACUUGCUAAAGCAGAACACCGGAUCGACACGUUAACCUGCCGGGACGACGAAUUUGACUCACUGUUCCGAUACAACAGCAGAAACUAGAGCGGACGAACCAGGGGACGUUUUGCACAACUUGGAGCUGUCUUUUGGUUAGUAAGGCAGGUUCGGCGGAAAAAGAGGGGGGAGACUUCCAGCCGAGAGGAACCCCGAGCGGCCCGGUUCCACUUCAGCGACCCGAGCCGGGUGGAGCAGGGGGGGGCAGCAGCAGAGCAGCAGCAGCAGCAGCAGCAGCAGCAGCAGCGAGGCCCGGGGGGAGCAGGGGGUUGCCUGUCAGCGGAUCUGAAGUCACGUUUUGACCUGCGAAGGGAGAAGUAACAACUGGGUGCCGGGUCAUCCGGACUGAGACCUCAUGAAUGGAAAUCGGAACAACAGGAGACGCUGGAGCCCAAGCCCUUUUUUCGCUGCCACGUCGACCUGGCUAUGGCACCAUCGGGAAGCCCAUCAAGCUUCUGGCCAACUGUUUCCAGGUGGAAAUUCCCAAGAUCGACGUCUAUCUCUAUGAGGUGGACAUCAAGCCUGACAAAUGUCCUCGCAGGGUCAACAGGGAGGUGGUGGACUCCAUGGUUCAGCAUUUUAAGGUGACCAUCUUUGGUGACUGUCUGCCAGUUUACGAUGGGAAGAGAAGCCUUUACACUGCUACUCCACUACCUGUGGCCACUGGUGGGGUGGAUCUGGAUGUCACUCUUCCAGGUGAUGGUGGGAAGGACCGCCCAUUCAAAGUCUCCAUUAAGUUUGUGUCUUUGGUCAGCUGGCACAUGCUGCAUGAAGUUUUGACAGGACGCGUCAUGGCCGAGCCGGUGGACCUGGACAAACCGAUCAGCACUAAUCCUGUUCAUGCCGUGGACGUCGUCCUCCGACACCUGCCCUCCAUGAAGUACACGCCCGUCGGGAGAUCCUUCUUCUCGUCCCCAGAGGGCUACGAUCACCCACUAGGUGGAGGACGAGAGGUUUGGUUUGGUUUCCAUCAGUCUGUACGGCCAGCCAUGUGGAAAAUGAUGCUCAACAUCGAUGUGUCAGCCACAGCUUUUUACAAAGCCCAGCCAGUCAUCCAGUUCAUGUGUGAGGUACUGGACAUUCACAACAUCGAUGAGCAGCCGCGCCCACUCACUGACUCCCACAGGGUCAAGUUCACCAAAGAGAUCAAAGGUCUGAAAGUAGAAGUGACACACUGUGGAACCAUGCGUAGGAAGUACAGAGUCUGCAAUGUAACACGACGGCCUGCCAGCCUCCAGACAUUUCCCCUGCAGCUAGAAAAUGGUCAGACAGUGGAACGGACUGUGGCGCAGUACUUUAGAGAGAAGUACAACCUGCAGCUCAAGUACCCCCACCUGCCCUGCCUGCAGGUGGGCCAGGAACAGAAACACACCUACCUGCCCCUGGAGGUGUGCAACAUUGUAGCUGGCCAGCGCUGCAUUAAAAAGCUAACAGACAACCAGACGUCGACCAUGAUCAAAGCUACAGCUCGCUCUGCACCAGACAGACAGGAGGAGAUCAGCAGGCUGGUGAGGAGUGCAAACUACGAGUCGGAUCCGUUCGUCCAGGAGUUUCAGUUCCGUGUUCGAGAUGAGAUGGCUCAAGUGACGGGCCGAGUCCUUCCCGCCCCCAUGCUGCAAUAUGGCGGCAGGGUGAGCUCUGAGCCAUUUAUGCCCCAGCAGAUCAACCCUGCACUGUCGUUGCAGAACCGCACAGUGGCCACACCCAGCCACGGGGUGUGGGACAUGAGAGGGAAGCAGUUUCACACCGGAGUGGAAAUCAAGAUGUGGGCCAUCGCCUGCUUCGCCACACAGAGGCAGUGCAGGGAAGAGAUCCUAAAGAGCUUCACUGACCAGCUGCGUAAAAUCUCAAAGGACGCUGGGAUGCCAAUCCAAGGCCAGCCAUGUUUUUGUAAAUACGCCCAGGGAGCUGACAGCGUGGAGCCCAUGUUCAGACACCUGAAAAACACUUACGGCGGGCUUCAGCUCAUCAUCGUGAUCCUGCCUGGAAAGACGCCCGUAUACGCUGAGGUGAAGCGGGUUGGCGACACCCUCCUCGGCAUGGCCACUCAGUGUGUGCAGGUGAAGAAUGUAGUCAAGACGUCUCCUCAGACCCUUUCGAACCUCUGCCUGAAGAUCAACGUCAAACUGGGAGGAAUCAACAACAUCCUGGUUCCACACCAACGACCCUCGGUGUUCCAGCAGCCUGUCAUCUUCCUCGGGGCGGACGUCACUCAUCCUCCAGCAGGAGACGGGAAAAAGCCAUCUAUUGCAGCGGUGGUAGGCAGCAUGGACGCCCACCCCAGCAGGUACUGUGCUACAGUGCGGGUCCAGAGGCCCAGACAGGAGGUCAUCCAGGACUUGGCAUCCAUGGUGCGAGAGCUCUUGAUCCAGUUCUACAAAUCGACCCGCUACAAGCCGACUAGGAUCAUCUUCUACAGAGACGGAGUGUCGGAAGGACAGUUCAGACAGGUGCUGUAUUACGAGCUUCUGGCUAUCAGGGAGGCUUGCAUCAGUCUAGAAAAGGACUAUCAGCCGGGGAUUACUUACAUUGUUGUGCAAAAACGCCAUCACACGCGACUCUUCUGUGCAGAUCGCAACGAGCGGGUUGGACGAAGUGGAAACAUUCCUGCCGGCACCACAGUGGACACAGACAUCACUCAUCCCUACGAGUUUGACUUUUACCUCUGCAGCCACGCUGGAAUCCAGGGUACGAGCAGGCCCUCUCACUACCAUGUUCUGUGGGACGACAACUGUUUCACCGGUGAUGAGUUCCAGCUCCUCACCUACCAGCUGUGCCACACUUAUGUCCGCUGCACGCGCUCCGUCUCCAUCCCAGCACCGGCCUACUACGCCCACCUGGUGGCCUUCCGCGCCCGCUACCACCUGGUUGACAAAGAGCAUGACAGCGCGGAGGGCAGCCACGUCUCAGGGCAGAGUAACGGCAGGGACCCCACGGCGUUGGCCAAGGCUGUCCAGAUCCACCACGACACACUGAGGACCAUGUACUUUGCCUGAGCCCCCACAUCCCUCCAUCUACUCGGACAGUCCUAGUGCCCGCCUUCCAUCAGCUGGCUCAUCUCAAAUGACGUGCCCCGACUGUUGCGACUGCAGGCUGUGUAAGGAUGUAAUAAGCCAGAGAGGAGUUACAGCCACAUUAUGCAAUAAGAAACCAGCCAAUCGUUUCUGCUCUCUCUCUCACCUUCAUCUCCUCUGCUGUAUUCAGUUCAAAGUGGAUUCUGUCUCCUGUUGACACUCACACGUCACAACAACGGCUUCCAGUUUUCACAGCAGCUCAAAGUUUCUUUUUGCUUUCUUUUCUUUCUUUCUUUUUUUUUUCACGUGUUAAGAAAUGGCAGAGCAGCAGGGAAUCCAAAAACUUGGGCUUGAAGCAGAACCAGUGAGGACCCGCCUCGCUCUGUCACCUCACAUUGAGCCUCAUGUUGCUGGUUUAUAGUGUAGAUGGUUUUACAUGUUUGUUUGUGGGGUUUUCUGCUUCUUUAGAUGCAAAAUUGUUUGUGUUGUUUCUCUCUAUCUCUCUAUCUCUCUCGAGCAAAUGUGUGAUUACAAUGGCAGCAUGUUAGUCAAGUACGCUCGUGACACAGAAGUUUCGCCCUCUUGCUGCCUUUGUGGUUACUCUUCUGUCUCCCUUUAAGCCCGUGGGUCCUCUACCAUCACAGACAGUGAAUGAUAUCUUUAUUUUAUUUUACGCAAAGCCACACACAGCCAUCGAUUGUGUAUCGCAUGAGGCCUUACUGCGAGGCGAGGUGCACAAACAGGACUGUUAGAAUACAACGCCAUGACCACAAAAUGAACAAUUUUAAACUUUUUUUUCUUCUAGUUCAGCUCGGUACAAAGUGUAAAAACCAAACGGUCUGUGUGUUUUAUUCCUCUUACUAUUUAUACCUUCUUUAAUUCUUUUUAACUUAAACUAACAUCCAGCAAUAGUUCAGAGCAGACGGAUUAUUACCACCUCAAAACCUUUGGACUUCUCCCAAUUUUUAAACGAGGAUCUGACCAAUGAAGUCGUCACGUUCUCCUUCAGUGCAAUAAGGUGUUAGUGCAGAGCGAGCAGGGUCAGCGCUGAGUGUUGUCGAUGAGGAUUGGCGUGCUGAAAUAGUUUUUUUUUUUUUUGGCAAGUUAUGUGACUUUGGAUGAAGGAUGUUCAGUGUUUGGCAUUCUGUUGAUCAUUAAGGACUGAGGCUGCUGAUGUGAGCGUGUGUGGCUCAGUCCUGAUGUCGGACAGUGUUUGGAGAGAUUCCACAAAGUGCCUGAAUUGUUGGUUAGAGAUUAAGACGUUGGAGGGACAGAAGGUUUUUAACUGUAUGUUGGUUCAGUUCUCUGUAAAUGCAGAAUCCGAGUGAGCCUGUCAAAACAUUGCACUGCCCGACACAUGGGGCUGGACUGUAGCUGAUCUCGAAGCAUGAGCGCGUAUUCCUAAUAAUAAUUUCCUCUCUCACCAUGAGGAAAUACUCACUUUCAUAUCCUCUUCAAACUCUUUGUUUCCACAAUAUUCUGUUAUCAAAAACAUUUAAUCAUCGCACUUAAAAAAACAAAGCUUAUACUAAAGGGCUGCAACGAUUAUGUCAUUUGUUCACUAAUUAAUUGCUAACUUUUUUGAUAUCUUUUAACCUGAGACAUUUUUGAAGAACUCUUUGAUUCCAUGUUAAAGUGUAAGGCCCUUUUUCAUCUAUGACGGGGGGGGGUGGGCGGUGGGAAGAAUAGCUUUGAUAAUAUCACUAAACGCUGAUGGGGUUUUAAAAAUAUUAAAGACAUGACACAGCCGUAUCUACGUUUUUAACGCAGCAUCACAAAAAGGAAAGUUUAGGAUCAUUAACAAAAACAUUUCUCGUUGGAGACGAUAAAAGAAUCUCCUCCUGAUCACAAAAUGAUUGAAAGCAAAGUUUUCUUCUCAAACAUGAAUUAGUUUGAGCAUUUUGUUCCACCGAUCAUCAGCGAGGAUAUAAUCAUGCACCGCUUCAUUGACUUUUGCUUAAAAGAGAUUAAUCAAGUCUAGUUGUAUAUUUUUCUGUCGAUCAGUUGUCGCUCUAGUCCAGAGACAGAACCUUUUGUAGACAUGACUUUAUAUAAUAAAAGAAAACCGAAGAAAGUGUUUUCUGCUGCACCCUGGAGGUUUAUUAAAGAGCAAAUUCUAACAAACUAUUGAGAGUAGAAUCAUGUGAAAGAGGACAUGCUCUGGCAAUAAUCAAACAUUCUGAAGUGUGUCAAAAGCUUUUUAAGCCUUCUAUCAGAAAACAGUCGUCAGACGAUUGUCUUAAGAUUUUCAACACAUGGAGAGCGGUCUGUCGAGGCCUCGCAGUGUAAAACAGACACAGCCUUCAGGUUUCAUCACUUGGACCAAACCAACGUGCCUGGUCAGGGGGAAAGGAGGAGGAGGAGGAGGAGGGGGAGAGGAGGGAGGACUUAGGGGGAGCUGAGGGGUCGUUGCUGUAUCAUGUGUUGACAGCUCUUUACUCUCACAGACUUACAGCAUGGUGUUGAACGGCUCUGCUAACCGCUAACUGUGCUAGCUACUUGUCACUGAACCAAACUGAAGCUGCUAUUAGAAAAAACACAUUUAUUUAAUAUGUCAUCAGAAAUACAUAUAGGCUUUAUUAUAUUAAUAUUAAGAGAACAAGAGGAUAUGGUAUUUGACUGCACUUAAAAUGAUGCAUGUGUUUAUUGCUUUGGAGCAGAGUUUGUGCUUGAUUAUUUUGCCUCUAGAUAAAGCAUUUUAAUUCUAAGAAAUCCGAUAACCCCCCCCGUGUGUUUGAUGUCAGUUUGAAGUUGUUUCUAAUUGUCAGACAUUACCAGCAUUUGAUUUUACUUGAAAGAGAAAUGAGUGGAGGGCAUGUUUAUUGUUGGUUCUGCUUGAUUUCUGAAAGUCUAUAGAGGUAUAAUUAGAGCCUUAUUAAGAGAUCCAUUUCUGCGCUCGUGAUGCCACGUACAGUAAAUCCACCUCUGGAGCCUGUACGCAGCAGGACUCUGUCUUAUCAGAUGCCUUUUUCCUUCAAAUUAAAAGAAUUUUUAAGUCCGGAUUGAGAUAUAUUUAUAUGUAAAGAUUAAAGAUAUUAAUGUAAUGCACACACCACUUAUUUUUUCUAACAAAAUCCUAUUAGAGACAGAGGCGUGCUAGCUGUAGUGAACCAUGGCGUUUAAUAAUCGUCUGUGAGAUUUCUUUUUUUUUUCUUCCAAAUUUAAUAAUGCAAUAGGUUUACUUACUUGUGUGUUUGCUGGUUGACCCGCUACAAAGUGGAGACUGUUUUUAGUCAUGUAAGUGAUCAGAUGAACCUUCACCCCUCCUCUGCAUAGACCUGUGAAAUCCUCCCUCUCGUUGUAUCAUCUCAAAAGCUCCCUCGAAGACGUUUCUCAACGAGAGCUGCAUUAAAGAUUGUCUUUUUUUUUUUUGUUCAUUCUUUUUGCAUUUUCAUGAGCGGAGGAGGGAUGAAAGUUCAUCGUCGGACAUAUUGGUCCGUUAUCAGACUGUGCCUUUCAUGAUGGUGCUGAAAACGAAACGAGUUAAUCAAAGAAAUCUUAACUUUCAGAAAGGCCGCAGAGGCCCAGAGUCUACAUUGAUAAGUAUAUAUUGAUACAUGACGAUACUGUAAGGUGUGAUUGUCUGUGUGUGUGUGUGUGUGUGUGUAUUUUGAGUGUGUGUGUGUGUGAAUUCCUCUGACAUAUGCCAAGAACACAUAAAUAUGCAGACCUGAUCAGUGUGGAGCUGACCGGACCAAAAGGCCUGUGGGGAUCAGUUUCAGACGACGGGCACUCUCAGCACAACCCAAAAAGUAGAACUUAUAAAACGAGGGAAACGUUCUCGACUCUGUAGGUAACGAGUAGAUCUGUGUAGACCUCAUGUAGCAUUAUUUAUUCAACUCUUGUUUCCAUAGGGGAGAUGGCGCUUCCCAUACUGCCGGUUAAACACGUUUCUCCUCCUUUUCAGUGAUUCAUCUUCUCUUGGGCGGCAAUAAUGAAGAUUCUCAGUAUGCGCGACGCCAUAUCUGACCCAUUUACGACUUUAUCUUUUAAUGUGAAUUGUCCGCGUUUACAUACCUGGGGUAAUUCUUCGGUUAGUUUGUUCCUUCACGAGUGCCCGUCCCCAAGGUUAAGGGAUUCCCCACAAUAAAUAAAUCUUGAAACCUCUGUGGUCGGCUGCAUAUCAUAUUUAAAAACAAGACAAAUGAUGUUUGGGUUUCACAGUUUAUUAAUGUGCUUGUAUUAUGUUAAAUGGUGUCACUUUUAGAAGUCAAACUGUACGUCAAGACCUUGUCUUAACACUCAUCUGAUCCUGGUCCUAAGUUGAGCCUUUUUAUUUGGUUGUCAUAUUUAAUUUUUUGGAAUAAAUACUCAAUGUAUGAAA